GCAGCGGUACGGCAGCUGGCGACGCCGCCGCGCUGGUCUAGUCGUUUACCGCUGCUGAAAGCAACCACAGCGACGCGACAACACCGAAGAAAGCUAAUUUAAAAUAUUUUAUAGUGCGUACUGUGCGUUUUGUGGGUGUUUGUUUCCCCAAUACUUCACCAUCGUCUCUUUUAUUCAGCCACAAUGGCGUGUGGAGCAACGUUAAAGCGCUCAAUGGAGUUUGAGGCCCUACUCAGUCCUCAGUCUCCAAAGCGGAGAAGGUGCAAUCCGCUAACGGGGACUCCGAGCACCCCGUCCCCUCAAAGAUGCAACCUCCGUCCGGCGACUGACAGCCCUUCGCACUCGAUGUCUCCCCCACCCAUUGGAGGCGAAAACAGGCUUACUCCAGAGCAGAUCUUCCAGAACAUCCGUCAGGAGUACAGCCGCUACCAGAGGCGGCGACAGCUGGAGGGUGCCUUCACCCAGACAGAGGCCAGCGAUGCCCCCAGCACCGCCCUCGCCCCGCCCAGCUCCCCUCCAGGAGCCUCGAGGAAGGACCAGCCCUCGUUCACGCUGCGGCAAGUCAGCUUCCUGUGUGAGCGUCUGCUCAAAGACCACGAGGAGAAGAUCAGGGAGGAGUAUGAACACAUACUCAACACCAAACUAGCAGAACAAUACGAAUCUUUUGUGAAGUUCACACAAGACCAGAUCAUGCGAAGAUAUGGCGCCCGGACGGCCAGCUACGUCUCCUGAACUCCUUCCAGCUUCUCAACAUGGCUGUUCUACUGCCUCUUCAUUUACAUUUGAUUUUCCUUUUAAUUUCAAGAUAUUUGGGUGCCAUUUUUUUUUUCUUUUUCUUCAAUUAUUUUCCAAAACUGAUUUCUACGCCCAAACUGUUGCUGCUGGCCAAAACAUCAGAGGAUUCUGAGGAGAAGAUGCCUGUGUGGGUGUCCUCUCUUCCUGGAGAUCUUGACUAAAGCAGAUUAGUAUUGAUCAGUGUAUCCGUGCUGUAGAAAGCUUGGCUGCUGUAAUCCUGUAUAAUCUGCCAGACAUCCCCCCUCUCUUCAACUGUCACCUGACCAUGUGGAUUUUCUUCUCCCUUUUGAAAAAUAAAAGUUCUGUGAUUAAA